AUGGAGGCAACAAUUGCUAAGUCAGAAUGUGUCAAGUUCGGAGUUUCACUUUGCUGGAGCCCAGCGCGUACACAAAUACUCGUUCGAGGAGUAACCUUUAGCGACUUUGCCGCUCGUUCCAACAACACGUCCGACACACGUUCUCGCAGGUAUCCUCGUGCCGUCAAGACAAAGUAUCUUGCAGGUGAUCUUGAGCCAAAAUGGGCGAGUCUUCUCAUGCCCGAAGUUCAUUUCCGCACCGCUUAUCAAGUGCUUCCAGGAUUUGUAUCCAGUUCUUUGAAGGCCCUGUUGACAAUUGCAUUGAUUGUGCUCGGCGCAAUGAUGUUUGUGAAUCGCCCUCAUAUAACAGCAUGGGCCAAGAGCAUGAUUACCACGAUGCUACACCCCAACGACAUCAACAGAUCCGACAAAGGUAUGAUCCACGAUACCCUAGCUAUUAUUAAGAAUCAGGCUCAAAUGAGUGCUGAGAAAGAGAUAGAGAGGGCCACGAAGGCUCGUAAUGUCAUGAAAGAAGAGAUGAGAAGGCCAGCACCUCAGGCGCCCAAAGGUCGAGACGACAAGUUUCAAACAGAGGUUGAGGCUGGUGAACGGCCAAUCAGCCGUGAGCAGGUAUUGUUAAGCAAUUCGAUUCGUGCAGUUCUGAGGCUUAUUCUUUCGUGGCAAACAGACACGCAGAGUGGUCUUGGAGGCAUUGAUGAGUUGUUCAUCACAAGUACCGAGGGGACGUGA